UCGAAGAAAUUGAUGCAAGAAAUCAAUAUUAUUUAUUUAACUUAUUGUUUAUUCGUUUCACCUUUACUUAAUUUUCUAUAUUUUGUCAGUUUGAACAUCCAUCAGUGCAUUACUUUGAAAACCUUCCUUCUCCGACUAAACAUACUUUCCUCAUACCCUCAAGUAUGUUCGUUGAUAAUAAAAGUACCGUACUCUUCUCAAUCGUUGCCCGGAUGAAAGCAAAUAACUUGUGAUGUAGAUUCAGCCAUUAUAAUUAAACCUACUACGUACAGUAUCUUAUAUGCAGCCCAGUUAUCGGAACUAAUGGUUGUAGCUUGGUGGAUACAGACUAUAUUUUUCUUGGAACUUUUAAUUUAAGGAAUAGUAUCUAAAGGUCAGCCUUAACUAUAUUUCUUUAAAUUGUGAAUGAAGCGAUUAAGAAUGUUCUACCUAUGUUCUCUUCUUGUAUCAAAUUGUUACUCGUAAAAAUGAUUGCAGCAACGAAAGUCAAGUUUCCAAUAUUUUGUUGGCUUGGUCAACAGACUGCGUACAAUAAGAGACGAUUGUUGCUAGGAUCAUCUUAAAUAUUACAUACGAAUCAGUUGUUAUUGAACGAUCGGAUCGUUACAGUUAUAGGUCAAGUUGUAGAAGGAUUGAUUCUACAACAAUCAAACUCUCAGAGGAACUGUGCACUAUGCAGACGGUAUAAUGUUUCCCGCGUACAUUAUCUGUGAAUGUUACCUGAUACACACACUUAACAAUUAGUUUGUUGGCAGACCUAAAGUAGAACUGCAUUGAAUAGGCCCUAUUGAUCAAAAUUUAAAUCAAGGAAAUCUUGAGAUUCAUAGUACCGUUUUUUUUAUGUUUUGUUAUUAUUGAAUAUUCCAUGACGUAAUUUCAGACCGGUAUAAAAUAUUGCGUAUGCUACGCGUUUACUUCGUAACGCAAUUGAACUCGAAAUGAAAGGAUGCUUGAGAUAAGAGAUAUGAACAAAGAAACCUGUGCUAUAACGUGGGAAAACCCGGAUUUGUGGGAAGAUACAAUUAUGAACAACAAUUCAUUUUACCUAGAUAAAAGUCGCCUGCAUAAAACUGAUGAUUAUGGUCACGUGUUUCUACCAAAACUGGUAACAGAAACCAACUUUCAGCACACAAGCAGAACAACUGUUCCGCAGAGAAAAAUAAAAUCUGAGGAAUGCUCAACGAGAAGCAAGUUAGAAACCACGAGGAAGCAGCGAUCUUUAUCAACCAGUUUUAGUUUACCACAGUUAGUAUCAUAUCAUGAACUUGUAAGCGGUCAAUCGAAAUCAACGACGUCAUCAAAUGCCCUUGUCCCUAAUGUCAGUGAGAACUGUGACACUUUUAACCAAUCAGAGAAUGAAGAGGAAAGUGAUGAUACGGUGCACAUAUCAAUUGAUCCGUACCCGGAUAUUGGUGUAGAAUCUUUUCUCAAUUCCAGCUACGUUCUCGAAGAGGUUCCUCCGACACCCCCGAGAAGAAGAAAAAGGAAAGAAAUACAUAAUAAAAUGAAAAAUAAACAAGAAAACGACACAAAACAGCGACAAGAUCGUGCCCGAAUGAAAACAGUGAAGCGAUGGAGCCAAUCGGAACGAAAUCGACAACGGGACUUAGCUCGGAGACACCCGGUACGAAAGCAAUUUUUGUACAGUGAAAUAAUGGAAGAAGAACUUAAGUCACAUAUACCAAAGAGAAUUCCAGGCGGCAAAUUGAAACCAAUUUAUAAACGAACGAAUGAUGGGGAAAUAUUUGUGCCGAAUUACCCUCUAAAUAUUAACCUUGAGCGGCUCAACAUACGAGAAAAUGAAGACAUUGCACUCACUGGCUCUGCUUCAGAUAUAAAUAAAGUUAGAAAAAAAGAACUUCGUGUAAUGUUAGAAAAGCGGAAAAAAGCGCAAAUUAAAAAACAUAAGAAGAAAAGAAAACGCGUUCGAUUUGUUUUGCCUUACACUCACAUAGACAGUGAGGAAUCGGACUCGGAAAUCUCAAGUAAUGUACAAGGACGCUCUCAAAUUUGCUCGCCAACUAGUGAGAAACCGUCUCAAGAAGAUGAAUCUGAGCUUGUGAUAGGGCAAGAAAGAAGAGAUCGAGAUCUCCUUGUGCUGCGUUAUGAAGACUUGGCAACAAGUGAAUUAAUAAUAAACGAGUCAGAAAGCAAUAUAAACCAUGAUGAGCAAGAUAUUCCUUCCAAACACAUGGAUAUAUUGACGAGGAGUGGCUCACAGAAAAUUAGUCCCGAUGCAGAAGAACAACUCUCAACUAGUGCAAUGUUAAAACUUCCAGUAAUAAAUAAUGGUAAAUCAGCAAUAAAUAAUGGUAAAUCAGCGGAACAAACCGACAGAGACUCUAUAACAUUAGUUGAUAAUUACAGAUUUAAAAUAUCGAAAGUAAAUGGGAUUGCAAUUAAGUACACCAGACUUGAUUCAUGAU